GACAUCGUCUGAAAGCGAACAACUUCCACUUGGCCUAAAUCUGAAAGCACAAUAUCCCAUUCCAACAGAAAUACCUGCCUGCCACUUUCAAAGGCACCAGAGAGAGACAUGGCGACCAACCAUGGCAGCGAAGAAAGAAGAAGAAGAAUCUUAGAGAGAGGGUCGGAUCGUAUGUCUCUCAUUACAGGCCGAAUCAAAACUCUCCCAACAUCGCCACCACCAUCCCAAUCAAUGAUAUCAUCAUCAUCCGACCCUCCUCAUCAACACGAUCAUGAGGAUAAUGGUUCUAAUCAUCAUCAUCUUAGGCGUGCUGUGGCUAAGGAUUAUGCCUCUGAUGAUACAUUGCUGAAAAAUGAGAGUACGGAUGAAGAUUCCAGUGGAAAUAAGUUUGGCAUGGGAAGCCAAGGAGAGCCUCAGUUGAACAAAGGCACCACUAGUAUAGAAGCUCAAGAAAUUCAGACUCCUUUGGAUAAUGGGGUCAAAACAAUAGUUCAAAAGACCUCAACAGAGAGGGACCAGCUUCCAAAACCACGAAGGCAUCAACCUAGACUUUUCACUUCCAAGAGAAUACAUUCAUGCAUUGUAGCUUCUGAGAAUACACGCGUCAUUUGUUCUCUCAUAAUAGCAUUCUUGGUUGUUUUUUCUUACGUUGAUUACCCAUUAUUUGGAAGGAACAUAGUGAAUUCGAAGAGUAUUGUAGCCUCGAGGCCUCUUUACAUACUCUUGUUGACUGAUGUAUCGAUUGUGUUUGCAAGAGUGUACCUUGAGAAGAGAAGAGAAUUUGAUGAGGCAGAGGAAGAACGAGUGGUACUUCAAGAAGAUGGACAGAACUGGGAAAAGGCAGAGAAGGUUUUGGAGAGAGGCCUGGUGGCGUAUCAGGCUAUCCGUGCCAUUUUCAUUGACUGCAGUGUUUAUGCAGUCGUUGUCAUCUGUGGCCUCUCUCUGCUGUAGAGAAGGUUUUGGGCUCAAUUUGGAUUUCAGUUAGUUCCUCAGUUGACCGUAAGUCUUUUAGCAAUGUCUACCCUCAACCUUAUUUAUAUUCUAUUUAUUCAUUUUAUUUAUCCCUUGUGUGAAUAAAAAUCGUGUGUCAAAGUUGCAUCUCACAGCCCUUCAGUUUCUGACUGAAAACCAGAGAAAUCGAAACAAAGAGCUUGUGUUUUUCCUAAAAAAUGUGACGUAUUCAAAUCCACACAUACAGUUUAUCUACUCUCAGUUGUUUUUCCCUGUCAGUUCUCAUAGUUUAUGGAGUAUGCCUUGUAGCCAUAUAUGGCAUUGGAAGAACCAAUUUUAUGCACAAUGUGCAUGAAAGUAGCUUGCCACUUUCCGAGGACAAACAAAAGUACCAAACAAACAUCAUUAGGAGGAGAGAUUCAUAAGUGCAGCAGGUGGGAAUAUGCUGAAGCAUGAUUUAGCUGGGGGACAGAUAUGAGAUACCCUACCAUCCAUAAAUUUCGCAGCACAUGGUGAUCAAUUUGUUGACAUAUGGUACUAUGGAGUUGGAAUUCAUUGAAUGAAUUGGGGGGAAAAGCUCUAGAACUACGAACCAUUUAUGUAGAACAAACAAAAGCAUGGUCGAAGGUGAUUAGAAAUUGUAUUUGGUUUUUGCUGAAGAUGCUUGUUCUCUCUCUUUAUUUUUUAUUUUUUGGAUAUUGUAAAUCUUACCUUAAAACUAUUAUUAUGCUCUAUCAAGAAUAAAUUUCUUUGUCCCGCAAAAAGAUUUAAAAGGUA